AUGGCAGCAUCAACAACAGCUGCCCCUACAACUGCGCCCCCAACAAUUGCAUACAACUGCGGUACCAAUAACUGCAGCACCAACAACUGUAGCAUCAACAACAGCUGCCCCUACAUCUACUGCCCCAACAACUGCGGAGCCAACAACGGCAGCAUCAACAACUGCUUCCCCAACAACUGCGGCCCCAAUAACUGUGGCCCCUACAACUGCAGCACCAACAACUGCUACCUCAACAACUGCUGCAUCAACAACGGCAGCACCAACAACUGUAGCACUAACAAAUGUGGCCCCUACAACUGCAGCAUCAACAGCCGCCCCUACAUCUGCUGCCCCCACAACUGCUGCAUCAACAACUGUAGCAUCAACAACUGA